GCGAGUGGAGGCACAGCGGUUUCUCGUCGUUCGGUGUCUGUUCUGAUAAAAGGAGUGGCUCGCUCGCACGCCGCCCCUCUCGUUUUCCCAUUUCUCUCUUUUUCUUUGCGAAUCUCUGUUUCUCUUUCCGUUCCAACAACACAAGCAGCGCUUUUCUGUCUCGCUUUCUUAGUUCUUUAGAAGGAGCACCCCCGGAGCUUGUUUCUCCCUCCUUCCCUCACCACACACACACACACACACACACUCUUCACCACUCAAGCACAGCAGCAACCAUGCCAAUCAAAAAUAUCUUCUCCGCAGUACCCCUGCUCCUCCUGCUAGCCUCCUCAGCAACCCAAGUCCUCUCGCACCCCGUGCUCUCCGACUCGUCCAUCGCGGCGCUGGGCGGCAUCCACGAUCUCGAGCACAGGCAUGUGAGUCUCAGGGCGCGGUACGCUGAGGCGGCGUUUGAUGAUGAAAACGGUAACGACGACGACGGUGAUGAUGCGGAGGACGGCGACGACAACACCCCCGCGGCAUUUGCACCUGCGACUGCCGCAUUUGCGUCGUUGGCCGAUGUGAGUGUGGUUGAUGCGAGCAAUGCUGCGCCGGCUGAAGGGGGUGCUGUCGUGGCUGUCAGUGUCGGGGCCGCGAGUGCGACUGAAUCUGCGACGGCGACCGCCGCAGCUGCAACCUCGACCGACACCGCAUCCGCAUCCGCAUCCGCAUCCGCCACCGUCUCCGCCGCGUCAGGCUCCGCGACCGUAUUCCCCGGCACAGCACCAACGCUCUCCACAGCCGGCGCCCCCGCGCAAGGCGACCUCUUCGUGCUCAACUACGCCCUCACCCUCGAAUUCCUCGAAGCCUCGUUCUACAAGCAGGCCCUGGACAAAUUCGACGCAAACGCCUUCAAAGCCGCCGGCUUCGACCCAGCCAUCCGCGACCAGAUGCUCGUCAUCAAGGGCCACGAGGACACCCACGUCACGGCCUUGACGGGGGUGAUCGAAACCGCUUUCGGCAAAGGAACCGCGGUGGGAGCAUGUGAAUACAACUUCAACUUUGACACGGUCGCCGGGUUCGUCGCCACCGCCGCCGCCCUCGAACGUACGGGUGUGAGCGCAUACACGGGAGCCAUCGCAUUCAUCCAAUCCAACGCCGUCAAGACCGCCGGCGCCGCAAUCGCGACCGUCGAAGGCCGCCACGCCGCUCUGUUGAACGCCGUCAACGCCCAAAAACAGGGCGACGGAUCCGCAAAGAACAUCAACCCCAUCCCCGCCUCCUUCGACACCCCGCUAGGAUUCGCACCCAUCCUGUCCAUCGCAGCCCCCUUCAUCAAAUCCUGCCCCUUCGCACUCCCCGUAGCCCCCUUCCCAGCGUUAUCCCUCGCCAACCCCAACGGCGCAAUCGGCGAUAAGGUCUCCCUCCUCUUCACCGCGACCCUCACCCAAGCCCAACUGACCACGCCCGGGGCACUCCAAUGCGACAUCCUCUUUGGCCUCGCGCAGAAACGCACGCCGGUGACCAUCUCGAAAGACGCCAAGGGGAACAACCUGGCCGACUGCGUGAUCCCGCCUGAAGCCGCUGGGUUUGAGGAACUGAUGGUGUUUAUCGUGAAUCAGGAUCAGGAUGUGACGAUUGAGAAUGACAAGCAUGUUGUGGCGGGACCCACGACGUUCCAGACGUUGGAGAAGACGCUUGUUAAGGUUUCCGCUCAGUGAGCGAUAUCUUAACCACGGGCGUUCUCUCCAUCCCUCUCUCUCUCUCUCUCUCUCUCUCUCUCUCUCUCUCUCUUGAUCAUCCACUUCUUUUACUGUAGAGUUUUUCACUGGCGUAUGCGUUGUAUCAUAGAUUUUUCCUUCCGUUUUCCUCCGACAUCCUG